AUGGAGGCCGCGAACAACUCCACAGCCUGGACACAUCUGGAGAACUUCUCCAUCGGAACCGCCGAACCCGAGGAGGAGGAGGAGGAGGUGAAGCUGAGCUACCAGGUGCUCACAUCCUUCGUGCUGGCCGCGCUCAUCCUGUGCGCAAUCUUUGGGAACGCGUGCGUAGUCGCAGCCAUCGCCUUGGAGCGAUCCCUGCAGAACGUGGCCAACUACCUGAUCGGCUCCCUGGCCGUCACCGACCUGAUGGUGUCGGUGCUGGUGCUGCCCAUGGCGGCGCUGUACCAGGUGUUGAACCGCUGGACCCUCGGGAAAGUACCGUGCAACAUCUUCAUCUCUCUGGACAUGUUGUGCUGCACCUCGUCCAUCCUGCACCUGUGCGCCAUCGCCCUGGACCGGUACUGGGCCAUCACGGAGCCCAUCGAGUACAUGAAGAAGCGGACGCCGAGGAGAGCCGCGGUCCUCAUCAGCGUCACCUGGAUCGUCGGCUUCUCCAUCUCUGUGCCGCCGAUGCUGAUCAUGAGCGCCCAGCCCAACACCACUCCGGGGCCGGACAGGGCGAGCACCAAGCACUGCGAGAUCCGGCAGGACCCCUGGUACACGAUAUACUCCACGUUCGGGGCUUUUUACAUCCCUCUGACCCUGAUGCUGGUGUUAUACGGGCGGAUAUUCAAAGCGGCCAGGUUUCGGAUCAGGAAGACGGUGCGUAAAACCGAGAAAAAGAAAGUGUCCGACUCCUGCCUAGCGCUGUCCCCGGCGCUCUUCCACAAAAAGACUCCGGGCGACGCGCAGGGCAAAAGCUGGAAGAGGAGCGUGGAGCCGCGGCCGCUGCCGAGCGUCAACGGCGCCGUGAGGCACGCGGAGGACGGGGAGUCCCUGGAGAUCAUCGAGGUGCACAGCAACUCCAAGAGCAACCUGCCGCUGCCCGACACCCCGAGCACCGCGCCGCUGUUCGAGAGCAGGCACGAGAAGGCCACCGAGGCCAAGCGCAAGAUCGCCAUGGCACGGGAGCGCAAGACGGUGAAGACCCUGGGCAUCAUCAUGGGCACCUUCAUCCUCUGCUGGCUGCCCUUCUUCAUCGUGGCCCUGGUGAAGCCCUUCUGCCCGGACGCGUGCUACAUGCCCCGCUGGCUGGAGGAUGUCAUCAACUGGCUGGGCUACUCCAACUCGCUGCUCAACCCCAUCAUUUACGCGUACUUCAACAAAGACUUCCAGAGCGCGUUCAAGAAAAUCAUCAAGUGUCAUUUCUGCAGACCGUGA